AUGUCUCAUUCUCACGAGGACGGGGAAAGCACCAAGGACAAGUUCAAGCAUCCCUUUCACGAGCUGAAGGAGAAGCUUGACGCCCACCACCUCCACGAUUUCAAGGUCAACCUGAUACACAAAAAACAUCAGAUCGGCAAGUUUGCCAAUCUGUUCAAUCCCCAACAUCGUCACGAUGAGGAGCAUGAGAAGGCCACUGAUGAGAAACGACACAAAAUUCGCGAGUCUCAUCGGUUUGAGUCCUAUUUCCCAGAGCAUGACGGCAACCUGAUCAAGUGGUAUGUCGAUGGCCGCGAUUACUUUUGGGCCGUGUCUGAGGCCCUCGAUAAGGCCAAGGAGGUUAUCUACAUUGAGGACUGGUGGCUAUCCCCAGAGCUGUUCCUGCGCAGACCACCCUAUUAUAACCAGGAGUGGAGGCUCGAUCAGGUGCUCAAGCGCAGGGCAGAGGCUGGUGUUCAGAUCUAUGUGAUUGUCUAUCGUGAGGUUGAGGCUGCUAUCACCUGCAACUCCGCCCAUACCAAGCAUGCUCUCCAGGCCCUCUGCCCUGAGGGAUCCCCCGGCUACGGCAAUAUCAGAAUCAUGCGGCACCCGGACCACAACGUCUUGGAGAACGCAGCUGACAUGACCUUCUACUGGGCCCAUCAUGAGAAGUUCAUUGUCAUCGACUACGAGCUGGCCUUCAUCGGCGGUCUGGACCUGUGCUUCGGACGCUGGGACAAUCACCAGCAUCAGCUGUCUGACCUGCACCCCGAGGGGAUCCAGAACGAGAUCUGGCCAGGCCAGGAUUUCAACAACAACCGCGUCAUGGACUUCCAGAACGUGGACGACUGGAAGCAGAAUGAGCUGAGCAAGGCAGACUACGGGCGUAUGCCGUGGCACGACGUAGCCAUGGGCGUGAUUGGACCGUGCGUUUACGAUAUCGCUGAGCACUUUGUUUUGCGGUGGAAUUUCGUGAAGCGCGACAAGUACAAGCGUGACGAUCGGUUCGACUGGCUGGAACUUCGCGGGCGGCAGGAGGAGAACGAGGAUCUGGUGGGCGUGCAGAGGCCCAAGCACCCCGUCGGUGACUAUGUCGUGCACCCAUUCACUCCUCUGGAGACCAAGAACCUUGCCAACCGCGGCACCGUUCAUGCCCAGAUCGUCCGUUCCAGUGCCGAUUGGUCCAGUGGUGUCCUCACAGACCACUCCAUCCAGAACGCCUACUCUGACAUCAUCCGCAAGGCGGAGCAUUUUGUCUACAUUGAGAACCAAUUCUUCAUCACCGCGACUGGCGACCAGCAGGCGCCGAUCGUGAACACCAUAGGCCGGGCCAUCGUUGACGCAGUUGUGCGCGCAGGCAAGGAGGGGCGCAAGUUCCGUGUCAUCAUCAUGAUCCCCGCCAUCCCUGGAUUCGCAGGUGAUUUGCGGCUGCCUGCUGCCACGGGAACAAGAGCCAUCAUGGACUACCAAUACAAGUCCAUCUGCCGAGGCGAGCACUCCAUCUUCGAGCAGGUGCGCAAGGAGGGCGUCGACCCCACCAAGCACAUCUUCCUCUUCAAUCUGCGCAGCUAUGACCGGCUCAACAAGACGACCGCGAUCAAGAAGCAGGAGGAGCAGUCCGGGCUCAAGUACCAGGACGUGCAGCGCGCGGAGGCAGAGGAGAUCAUGGGCAGCGGCAUCUAUGGAUCAACAGACGUCGAGGGCGGAAAGGACAAGCACAUGGGGCAAAAGAGUCGCUUUGACAUAUUCAAGUCCAAGGGGGAGAAACACGCCAAGGACAUGGCGGAUAAUGUCAAAGAUGAGCGCAAAUCUGGAUCCGCCGAGAAGGAGACGGACAUCAAGCGCCGAUUCGAGGCUGCGAUGCAGGAGGGCCAGAGCGAGUCCAAGUCGAACGCGAGCGUGUCGGCUUGUGCAAUGGCAGGAACUGGCAGGGUCGAGGACGAAGUAUGGGAGGGUGAGCCCGACGACGAGGUGAACAACUGGAUCCAGGAGGAGCUGUACAUCCAUGCCAAGCUGCUCAUCGUCGAUGACCGGAUCGCGGUGUGUGGCUCGUCGAAUCUCAACGACCGCAGUCAGUUGGGCUACCACGACAGCGAGCUGAGCAUUGUCAUGGAGGAUACGCAUCGCAUCCCGAGUAUCAUGAAUGGCCAGCCCUUCGAGGCGGGCUAUCAUGCUGCGACGCUGCGCAGGUAUCUCUGGCGUGAGCACCUGGGCCUGCUGCCCCCACAGCCUCUGGACGCAAGCAAGGAUGUCAACGCCCAGCCACCCCACGAGGACACCAUGAAUGAUAUCUGGGACCAGGGUGAGGGGGCUUCGUCCUACAAGUUUGUGGAGGAUCCGAUGAGUGACAAGCUCUGGGAUACGUGGACAGAACAGGCGACAACGAACACGGUCGUGUUCAGGCAGCUCUUCCAUGCUGAUCCUGAUGAUCAUGUCAAAACAUUUGAUGAUUAUGAUGGCUUCCUUCCGCCCAAGGGGGUCAAGGCUGGUCACAUCUUCGACCGCAUGAUGGACCCACAAGAUGUCCGUAAGAAGCUGGACAAGGUCAAGGGACACCUGGUCUGGAUGUCACUGGACUUCCUGAAGGAUGCCAAUAUGGCAGAGACGGGGCUGCAGGUCAACUCGGUCACGGAGAGUGUCUAUACCUAA